AGACACGAAAUAAGUGUCAUACGAAUAAUGUUAGAAUUAAGUUUGUUUAUGAAAUGCGAUGUAGAAAAAUAAAAACAGAAAAUAAUUUUAAACAAUGAAAAAGGUUGUAAGUUAAAAAUAUUUACGCUUAGUGACAAUCCACCAUUAAUAUGUACAAUGCUACAGUUUUUGAAAAAAGGCAACAAAAACGGUCAUCAAAAACACUUGUCUGUUGUAUCGCUUCAUCCUCCAACAACCUUUAACUCAGUUUUACCCGAAUCUGAAGGGAAUACAUUUAAAAAUGUUAAUGGGAAAAAUGCAAUUUUACCAUUAUCUUCAUUUGAUGAUGAGGGAUUAUUUGACAUUGGGGAAUACGACUCCACCAAAGAACAAUCUCGGUUAUCAAGAACACUUGAAGAUAUGUUAUUGGACAAAAAUGCUCUUGAAUAUUACAUUCAUUAUAUGGAAUCCAGAAAUGCCUCAGAUUACAUACACUGUUGGUUAGAAAUACAAACAUUUAAAUCAUUAUCAAGAAACUACCACAAUUCACAAAAUACAAAAUUACUCAACACAUAUUCAAUUGUGCCACAUGGUCAGGGUGACCAUGAUAGUUUAUCCGUUAGUACAGAUUGUGACUCUUAUACAGCAGAUUCUAAUAGUCUUUGUGACUAUUCAUCAAAUAAUACAAUAUCUGAAGGAAAAGCCCCUCGUGAUAACAUUUGUGAUGAAGAAAGUGAUGAUUAUAAUAUUAAUGAAAAGAAAAAUGUACAAAAUAUAAUUGAUAGGGCUUUAACAAUAUUUAAAAAAUAUAUUGCACAAGAAGCAUCUUGUAACAUUAAAUGUACAGAAGAUAUUAGAAAAGAAAUCAUGGAAAAUAUUUGUAUAACAGAGAAAGUGAUGUCAGUUAACUGUUUCGAUUCUGUACAGAAUCUUGUUUACAAAAUAAUGCAGGAGGAUUACUAUCUUACUUUCUUAAGAUCUGAUUACUUUUGUAGAUAUCAAAUUGACUUGUUAACUAGCGGAAAUGUUAUUCUAGAUGAUAUACUGUAUAAUGAAACUGCUUUGUUUUAUUUUAUGGAAUUUCUAGAGCAAGAAAAUCAACGGAGCUUAUUAGAGUUUUGGAUAGCUGCUUCAAACUUUCAGCAGCAGCUAAACAACCAAAAAGAUUUUUUUGAUCCUAUCGAAGCACAAACUGAUGCUGUGGUAUUAUAUGAUAAAUAUUUUUCUUUGCAAGCACAUUGCCCAUUGGGAUUUAGUGAUAAAGUAAGGAUGGCAGUUGAACAGAGCAUUUGUGGGGAAACCGGCUUGAUGCCUGAUUGCUUUCACUUACCAUUAAAAAUAGUUGAAAAAGUACUGGAACAAAAUUACUUGAAGUUAUUUUUGAGUUCACAAUUAUUUUAUAAAUACCUCUCUGACUUAAUAAACACGGUACAAUCUGUAGAUUAUUUGAAUGUUGAAAGAUACCGUAAUGCCGCAUCAGAUUGUAGUAGUGAAAGGAGCUUUAGUCAAAGUACAUUUUUAGCUCUAGAGAUACCUUGUGAAGAUAUUAGAAAAAGUGAGAAAACCAAUGACAUGACAAUAGAUACUAGAGAAUUAUAUGAUCCCGACGCUCUCUGGAAAAGAAAAAAAUGCUAUAGACUCUCUUUAGGUCGAGUUAAUGAGUUGGGAAAAUAUGAAGCUGAUUUUGAGCCAGAGCCAGACAAGAAACAGUUUAAAUUGAAAGAUUUAUUUAGAAAAGUGAUAAGUUUAGAUGAUGAAGAUAAGAAGAGAGAAGAUAUGGCAUGGCAAGUAGCAGAGAUGAUUGUAAAGGACAUUACAAAUGUUACAUUGAGACAGCAGGAUAAUUGAUUGGUUAAUUAAUCAAUGCAUCAAUUGAUCUUUUAUAUUUUUUAUUGAAAUGGAAUGAAGGAUACAGAAGUAGAUCAGCUAAUUUAUUCCUCAGUCUAAAAUUAAAAUUCAUUAUCAAAUUUAUUAUAAUAAUAAUUGAAAAGAAAAUAAUUAAUAUGGUUAUAUUAAUAGUAAAAAUUGUGCCAUAUUAAAGGAAACUAAUUUGACUAA